UUAUUUUGGGGGGGGAAAUGAAAUGAAUGUAAUUUUGUGAACAGGUUUUCUCAGUGAAAGAUGUGAAGUGAACAACUUGGCAGUAAAAGCACAGAAAGCUGUACUUCCCAUCACUCAGCUGGCAGAUGGCGCUGGAGGUCUGCGGGUGUUAGCGGCGCUGCGUGUGGACGAAGCCGCCUGUUGGUGCUGUUCUGGGGCAUGUGGCUCAGAGGAAUGGGGCCGUCUUCCUCCUCUCUGACCCUGGGCCCUCGAUGAAAAAACCGACCGGGCGGCAAAAGGGCUGGGGAUGCACAACGGGACAGGAGACACACGGCUUCACAGGGGGGAAAAACAGGACUGCUGAUGCUGCUGGACAUGGAGUGUCGCCUCCUUUGCGGAAUAAAGCGAGUUGACGCUGAUGUGUCCGGUCAGUGAGUUUGUUACCGCUGAACAUUUAGCUCCUACUUUGUGCUUUUUAACCGCUUCAGACUCACAUCUGCAAUGAUGCGGGCUGUGGACCGGAGACGAACCGCCGCGAUUGUACUCUGCCUUUUGGGAUACCUUGUCUCCGGAGCAGUCGCCAAAACACUACCGGAGGACACGGCCACAGAAGAGGUGACUCUGAAGGUUCACCUGAGCGAUGCCAGCACUCACCAGCCCCUGGGAGGAGCCACCAUACAGCUCUUCGCCAACCACACUCCUGUAACCACGGAAACCUCAUCAGCUGAUGGCAACACCUACCUGCGCUUCCCCUACCGCCUUGGGACACUGUUGGUUGUCACCGCAACCAAACAGGGAUAUGUGCCAAACUCUGUGCCCUGGACUCCCUCCAGAUUACCUGUAUUUUCCUCCAUCAGCCUCGACCUGCUACCAGAAAGAGCUGCUACUCUGACGGUGUAUGAAGAUGUUGUGGAGAUUGUUUCAGGCCUACAAGGUUUCAGGCAUCAGCCCACGGUUCAUUUCCAGCGCAGAGCUCUGAGUCUUCCUUCCAACUCAUCCUACGCCAACCUAACUGCUCUGCUCACUGUGGCCAGCACCCCCUCGCACAUCCAGCACUUUCCUCACCUGCAGGUCCUCAGCGGCAACAGCACAGGGACAGAGAAGAGGUUUGAAUUGACUCCUAUAGCAGCCAUCUCUGUUCACUUAUUGGCCAGCGAUGGAGCAGAGCUGCAGGUGAAUGAGCCAAUCACAGUCUCCAUCCCACUGCCGGCUGACAGUGGCCUGAAGGAAAAUGAUCACAUCCCAGCUUGGAGAUUCGACCCGCGCUUAGGUGCCUGGAUAAAGAGCAGCUUGGGUCAUGUGCAGAGGGAGGGCAGCCAGCUCAGUCUGACCUACAUUGCUCCUCAGUUGGGAUACUGGGUGGCCGCCAUGUCCCCACUACACUCAGGUCCGGUGUUUGCGAAGGACAUCAGCAUGUACCACACCGUGUUUCUGUUGGCUAUACUUGGAGGCAUGGCUCUCAUCCUGCUCUGCCUGCUCUGCCUUCUGUUGUACUACUGCAGGCGUCGUUGUUUGAAGCCUCGAGUGUCACACCGCAAGCUCACAAUGUCCUCUGGUCUGGACAGCAGUAAGAGGGAUCAAGCCACCUCCAUGUCCCACCUGAACCUCAUCAGCAACGAGGUGCAGCUGGAACUUGUUUCCACAGCGACUGAGCCUGACAUGACCACACCAAUGCUGAAGCCUUUCUCUUACGAGCAUCAAGACAAUCCACGUCAACACAACAUAAUCCAUCACAGCAAACACAGCCGCUCCUCUCUGGGCAACAACAGUCACCAUGGCUCAUCUCUUGGCAAUCUGACGCCUCGCAGCAGAGACUACCGGCAGUCUGCGGAGACAUUCCAACUAAAGGCUCCCCUUUCAUGUGGAACAGACCGGGGCUACCGUCAAUCAUACACCUCCGUCUGCUCAUCAGGCAACCGGAUUUCAGAUGCACUGUCAUCACCAGCUCACGGUCGGAUGUCAGCUAACCCGCUGGGCGGUGUUGGGAUUGUUGAUUGCAUCUCCCCUUCCUCUCCUCCUCACUCCCCCAGCAGAGGGGAGGGGAGUGAGUGCAGAGCCACUGACUACCUUCUGUCGCGCUCUGUGGACCACCUGGAGCGUCCUAAUCUCCCUUCACUCACCCGCCCGGGCCAGCUGCUCUGUUGCGGCUCUGUGGAUCUGCUGAGUGGAGGAGAAGGGUACCCCAGGGUGCGUCCUACACUUGUGAUCCCAGCACACUACAUGCGCCUGCCUGGGGAGCACCCACUGUCUGGUCAGGCCCUCCUGCUGCAGACUGACCAGCAGAGUGACUUGGAGACCAUCCAGGCUGAGCUCAAUGCCUCACAUUCCCAGCAACCUCUGGGGCAAACACCCACCGACUGCACCCCAAAUCCUACCAAUCAGGGUGACGGAGAGCGACGCGGCCUGCCGGAGUCUCUGUCCAUCCCAGGAGCACUUGGGGAAACGGGUCUCGUGGAAAUAAACAGCGAGGACACCUUAUUGGCUGAAAAGACUUUAAUGGAGCUAAGAGGGGGGAAGCCUCUGCCUCACCCACGAGCCUGGUUUGUCUCACUAGAUGGACGCUCCAAUGCUCAUAUUCGCCACUCCUACAUUGACCUCCAGCGAGCAGGGUGCCACAGCACCACACCAGGUGGAGGAGGUCCACAGGGUAAUGGCAGCGGCAGGAGGCGUGGCAACGAUGCCAGUCUGGAUUCCGGUGUGGAUCUGAACGAGCCGAGAGUAGGCCGCAAGGGGAAAGAUGGAGAGCGGGAGGAGAGAGAGAUCGAGAAAGACAGGUCGAAAGGCACGACGGCAGCUAUGGCCUACACUCAGCUGGUGUAUGUUGAUGAUCUAGACGGGGGAGGCAGCGAGGAGGAGACGCCCAAGAGCAGCCCACAGGACAGUAAAACAGGAUCCAUCCUGUCAGACAAAGAAGAGGGUCAAAGAGUGGAUCAGGGUCAAGGAGAAGAGGGGGUACAAAUACAAGAGCACCCACCCUCACUUUCCUCUUCAGCGCCAUCUUCUCCUCCUCCCCUGCCGACACCAGAAGGAGAGACUUUCAGGACUGAUAACACACUGCUGUCGGUCUCUCCUGAUGGAGAUGCAGCUCACGAUGAUGGAGAGGAGGAGAAGAAGAGUCCCUGGCAGAGGAGAGAGGAGCGACCCCUGCUGGCCUUCAACCUUAAAUAAUCCACAGAUCACCACUUAAAGGAUAGAUUCACAUUUUUUUCUUUAAAGAAAAUUCACAGGUCCAUAUUAAGACUGACUACACGAACAGGGUUAAUGGUCACUGUAAUUGUUCCUUCUGUAUGCACUGGUCCCUCUGAAAGUGAUUUCACGCUUUUUAUAACUUCAGAACUUGCCAGAGAAUCGUAAUGUUUUUAAGUUUUGGUCAGCAUCACAGUGAUCCAGUCAUAGUUGACUCUAUGUCCAUGGAGACUCUGCCAAAGGAAACAGCAUACAGCAUACUUUUUAAUGUUGCCAAUUUGCUUGAAUUUACACCCAUUAGAAACCCCUGAUCCCCGGUCCUAUACAGGCAGUUUGUAUCCCAUCUCUUACAUUGAAAUGGCUUAAAAAAGAGCUCUAGUUCAUCUUGGUUUAGACAGGAGGAACAAUAACAGCAGCCAAAACUGUUCAAUACAUAUGGGCAUUUGUUUCAAGAUGUGAACCUAUCCUCAGCUCCCACUUUGCGCAGACCUUAACGUGAAGGAUGUGACCAUUUGAACCGAAGCCCUUUGUUUUUCUUAACUAUAGCACUGAGAGAAUAUUUCGGCACUGGGAUCCCUUCUAGUCAAGAACACGAAGGGAUGGUUCAGAUCCUUCAUGAACUUCCGGGUCCCCUUUAUGAAAAUGACCACUGUUGUCCUCCUCACGACGCUCCACAUAAAUACAAACCACUUGAUAUUGCCCGAGGACGACAAAUGGACUUAGGAGGCAAGAAUAAGAAUAUUUUAUGCACAACAAAUAUAUGCCUUUUUUUUUUAUUUUAUUUUUUUUUUUUUAUAACUAGCCUUGUUAGCGUAAAGGAGCUGUAGUAGGAACAGAGGAUGGGUGGUUCUCUCACAGAUGAAAGACUACAGGAACCUUUUGUCUUGAGCCAUAUUGGCCUCGGUCCACUGACUGUAAAGAAGCCAGGAAGACACCACAUUUGUUUAAAGUGAGAUUAUAACCUGUUCUGACUGAUUUUUAAGAUUGUGGAAUAUCUGUGCAAGUUAUUCUGCUGUUUUCACAGUCUCAGAAUCAGAGUCACCCCUGAUAUUAAUGUGUAAAUCCAGUACUUUGAAUGGUUUUGAGAACGUUGCUAGAAUUUAAUCUGGCCCGUCAGAAGGCUGUUUGGGAGUUUUUACAUGAUCGUCACAGGAGGUGAAGCUUUUGGACUGAAGAAAUCAAACCACUAUCGGCACUGCAACAUAAUCAGAUAAUGUGACACACCACUAUGCCAGUGGGCAAAGAUAUAAUACCACUACGAAACUGUAGUUCCACAUGAAAUAAUUGUGAGGUGUAAUAAUAUGAAGGGUUUUGUAAUUGUUGAACCACUGACUGGCAUAUUUUUGCUCUGAAGGCUAUGCAUCACUUUUAUACGGCUGCUUGAGAUGCCUUGUUUUGUAAUUUUAAUCACUUUGAUUUUAAUUGCCAACAUGAAGUAUUUUAUCUGAAAAUGGGCUAUUUUUAUUUCUUUAAGUAUGUUAAGGGCUUUUGUUCCUCACCCGCCUUAUUGUUAGAAAACCAACCGCAACAGUUUUACCUGAACCAAACUUGUUUUGCAUGCUGUGUUUCACCUUGUUCACCAUUUCCUUGUGCUCCAAGUGCCUUUGAACCACCUGACUCUGCAACAGAUUUGUGGAACAAAUUACCUUAUUUAUUUCUGGUCUUCUUUUGCCUUCAGCUUCUCUCCUCUACCUCAGCCCCCUCCCCCUUUCUCUCCCACUCGUGAAAGAAAGCAUGCAGUAAACUUUCCUCCGAACUAGCGUGUGUUACAAGCUACACUGCAGACAUCUCAGAAAAUGUCUACCAGCUGCUGCAAUCAUAAAAGUCCUCUACAGCAAUCAGCCAGACACCAAUCUCUCUCAGAGUACACAGUUAAGGAUUUACCAGAGUUUUUAAGUGUAGCACAGGACAGAUAAAGCUAAGUGCGAUUGUAUGUGAAGCUAAUCUGCAGGUCAUUUCAGUGCAUUUAUUUUAUUUUUGUGAUUUUUAAGAGGGUGAGUGUUUGUUUCGAAUGUGUUUAUGUGCACCUGGGUGGUAUUCAUCUGUGAUGCUGCUUGGCUGUGAGUUUGUCUUGUCAGACUGUGUGUGUGUGUUUGUGUGUGUCUGUGUCUGUGUGUGUGUGUGUGUGUGUGUGUUCAUUCGAGAGAGCUGAGAAAUAAUCAACAUGCAUCCACUCUAGGUUCAUAUAGUCGUAGCAAUCAUAUUACAGUGUGUGUAUAGUUCUUUCCUUUUCCUCUACUUGGUCAAAAUGAUGUGUGAGUUGGUAUUGUGAAUGGCCUCUUCUCUCUUAGUAUCCCACAGCAACCUCCAGUUCUAGGGUGGAGUUGCAAUACAGCAUCCUGAGUGUGUAACUUGGUUGCUCGCAUUAUAUUUGAAGCCUAUUAUUCUGAAUAAACAGCCAAACUGGA